UAGCGGAGGUGAGUGACGUGACGGGCAGGGCGCCGCCGCUACUUCCCCGGGGCCUACUUAACACUCGGGCCACCGGGCGUGUGGAGGGGAGCGGCACGCUUGCUGGAUCUAAAGUUUGAUGUGCAGCACAGACUUAUGCGUUUAAUUUUUGGAAAACUAAACGAGCGUAACUGAUGAGGCUUGUACAGCACAUACACAGCUGACAGAAGGAUGGAAAGGGUGAGCGCCUCAGCAGCAAGGGCGGUGUGGAGCCGCGCGCGUGUGCUAUGCUCCCUCAUGCACAGGUGUACACUGCACAGGCCACAGACACACUCACAGAGAAACAUUGCCAUUCACUCACCAGUGAGGAAGACUUUCAUCCAGCGGUACAGACAGGCGCUGACCUCACCAGCAUGGACCAAGAUCAACCGGGAGUUUGUUGCUGUCACCAAACUCCUCGAAAGGUCUGGAGUAUCAGCAUCCCAGCAAGGAGAACUGUUGUGGCGCAGUUUCCACACCAGCCCACCUCAGUCCAACCAGCCGGGGCAGGGAGGAAUGCCGGGCCCAGGGGGUGGCCAGCCUCAGGGGAGCUCUGGUGGCAAUGGAAACAAGGACAAUGAUGAUGAGAAGAAGGGCAUGUUGGCCAAGGCUGCACUGUGGAUGUUGACGGCCUAUAUGUUUAUUGCCAUCAUUUCUCUCCUCUUCCCUGGCAGCAACCAACCUGAAGUGGCGCGUUAUGUAUCGUGGAAUGAGUUUGUGCACCAGAUGUUGGCUCGUGGAGAGGUGGAGGAGCUCAUCGUGCGGCCGGACCUGGACAUUGUGACCAUCAUCCUGCAAGAGGGAGCUGUCGUCAAGGGCAAGAAGAUAGACCAGAGGACAUUCCACAUGAACAUAGUGGACCUGCAGCAUUUUGAGGAGAGACUAAGGGAGGCAGAGAGUAAGCUGGGGAUCAGGACGGACCAGGGCAUCCCGGUGGUGUACGAGCGGAGCGGCGACACGGCCAGCCGCCUCUUGGCCUCCAUUAUCGUGGUGGCCAUCAUUGUCUCUCUCUUGUCUCGCAACAUGAACAUCCGAGGUCCACUUGGCAUGGAGGGAAUGAGCCAAAUGACCCGCGCCAAGUUCACCAUCAUUGACCCGCUACUGCCGGGCUCGGGGCGAGGAGUCAAGUUCGCUGACGUAGCCGGCGCCAAGGAGGCCAAGCAGGAGGUUAUGGAGUUUGUUGACUUCCUCAAGAAUCCUGACAAAUAUAGGACUCUUGGCGCUAAGGUUCCCAAGGGUGCACUUCUUCUGGGCCCCCCUGGCUGUGGCAAGACUUUGCUGGCCAAGGCUGUGGCCACUGAGGGCCACAUUCCCUUCCUGGCCAUGAAUGGUUCAGAAUUUACAGAAAUGAUUGGUGGCCUGGGAGCUGCAAGGGUCAGGGACCUGUUCAAAGAGGCAAAGAAGCGAGCGCCGUGUAUUGUGUACAUCGACGAGCUUGAUGCCAUUGGCCGUCAGCGUGCCAGUGGACAGUCUGGCUAUGACGGAGGGUCAGGAGAGUCUGAACAGACUCUCAACCAACUGCUUGUGGAGAUGGAUGGCAUUGGCUCCAAGGAGGGAGUGGUUCUGCUUGCCUCCACCAAUAGGCUUGACAUUCUGGACAAGGCACUCUUGAGGCCUGGGAGGUUUGACCGCCACAUCAUGAUGGACCUCCCCAACCAGGAGGAGAGGCGGGAGAUCUUUGAACACCACCUUAAGAGCAUCGUUUUAGAGAAGCCAGCCAGUUACUACUCUCGGAGGAUGUCUUCCCUCACCCUUGGAUUCAGUGGCGCUGACAUAGCCAACGUGGUGAAUGAGGCGGCCUUGCAUGCAGCCCGGUAUGGCAAAAAGGUGGUGACAGCCCUUGACCUGGAGUAUGCCGUGGAGCGUGUGGUUGGCGGCACAGAAAAGAGAUCACAGGCUCUGUCACCCGAGGAGAGGCGGGUUGUUGCCUACCAUGAGUCUGGUCAUGCCUUGUUGGGGUGGCUGCUGGAGCACACAGAUGCCCUUCUCAAGGUCACCAUUGUCCCAAGAACCAACCAGGCUCUUGGCUUUGCCCAGUAUGUGCCCAAGGAUCAAAAGCUCUUCACCCAACAGGAGCUCUUUGAAAAGAUGUGUAUGGCCCUGGGGGGCCGUGUUGCCGAAUCUCUGGUGUUCAACAGGGUGACCACUGGGGCUCAGAAUGACCUGGAGAAAGUCACCAAGAUGGCCUAUGCAAUGGUUCGUACUUUUGGGUUCAGUGAUGUGGUGGGGUUGGUGUCGUACCCUGACGAGGAGAACAGAGAGUAUGGGGUGAGGCCAUACUCUGAAAACUUAGAUGCUAUCAUUGACAAGGAGGUCUCUAGUCUCAUAUUUUCAUCUUAUAAGAAGACUGAAGAGGUUUUAAAAGCAAAUAUGGACAAGUUGAAAUUGCUGGCUGAGGCACUGCUGCAGAAGGAGACUCUGAACUAUGAUGACGUAAAGGCCGUGCUGGGACCGAUGCCGCACCAGAACAAGGUGGUUGUGGAGCCACUUCAGUUUGAAGGCGAGAUCAACACGUGGCGGGAAGCAGGCAAGCAGGGCUGAGCCCCAGCAACAUGUACAUAGUUGUGUAUACUCCUGACAGGAUCCUGUAUUUAAUGCAGAUUUGUAUAGUUCCUUCCUCAGUUGGUUGGCAGGAAAGUGCCUCAACAACUGGCAACAUUCUCUUCUGAAAAAAAUAAUAAAAUAGGUUUUGUAUUUACAAAA